UGGAUCGUCGAUGUUGGCAUCGCUCUCGAGGCUCCACUGAAAUUCAUUGAGUUGGCUUUAGGGGGAGUGGGAGAGAGAGAGGGAAGGGAGGAAGACGGGGAGAUGAUGAUAUCCAACGGAAUCGAGGACGAGGAGAAAUGGCUUGCCGAAGGCAUCGCAGGAAUCCAGCAUAAUGCAUUCUACUUGCAUCGCGCUCUGGACUCGAAUAAUCUUCGAGAGGCGCUCAAGUACUCCGCGCAAUUGUUGUCUGAACUUCGUACUUCGAAACUGUCGCCUCACAAAUACUAUGAGCUCUAUAUGCGUGCCUUUGAUGAAUUGAGGAGGUUGGAGAUGUUCUUCAAGGAUGAGGAUCGGCACGGUUGUUCAGUGGUUGACCUAUAUGAACUGGUUCAGCAUGCUGGGAACGUCCUGCCUAGAUUGUAUCUUCUUUGCACGGUCGGAUCUGUUUAUAUAAAGUUGAAGGAAGCUCCUGCUAAGGAUGUUCUCAAAGACCUUGUUGAAAUGUGUCGUUCUGUUCAACAUCCAGUUCGUGGGCUCUUUUUGAGGAGUUACCUUGCUCAAAUUAGUAGAGAUAAGUUGCCGGACAUUGGCUCAGAGUAUGAAGGGGAAGGUGACACUGUAGUGGAUGCCGUUGAAUUUGUGCUACAAAAUUUCACAGAGAUGAAUAAACUUUGGGUACGGAUGCAGCACCAGGGACCCAUCAGGGAGAAGGAGAAACUUGACAAAGAAAGAAACGAACUGCGUGAUCUUGUCGGUAAAAAUCUACACGUCCUUGGUCAGAUAGAGGGUGUUGAUCUUGAAAUGUAUAAAGAUACUGUUCUUCCUAAAGUCUUGGAGCAGAUUGUCAAUUGUAAGGAUGAGCUUUCCCAGUAUUAUUUGAUGGACUGCAUAAUUCAGGUCUUUCCAGAUGAAUAUCACUUGCAGACCCUUGAGACACUAUUAGGUGCUUGCCCCCAAUUACAACCUACAGUUGACCUAAAAACCGUGUUGUCACAAUUGAUGGAGAGGUUGUCCAAUUAUGCUUCUUCAAGUCCUGAAUUGUUACCAGAAUUUUUACAAGUUGAAGCAUUUUCCAAGCUGAGCAAUGCUAUCAAAAAGGUCACUGAAGCCCAAGUUGACAUGCCUGUUGUUGGAGCUAUUAGUUUAUACGUUUCUCUUCUGACGUUCACCCUCCGUGUCCAUCCUGAUCGGCUGGAUUAUGUUGAUCUUGUGCUGGGAGCAUGUGUCAACAUAUUAUCAGGGAAACCAAAGCUUGAAGACAGUCGGGCAACAAAACAAGUUGUUGCUCUUCUAAGUGCUCCGUUAGAUAAAUAUGAUGAUAUAGUGACAGCUCUUACACUUUCAAAUUACCCCCGUGUAAUGGAUCACCUUGAUGCUGGAACAAAUAAAGUCAUGGCAAUGGUCAUCAUUCGAAGCAUUAUGAAAAGUAAAACUUGUGUUUCAACUUCUGACAAGGUAGAAGUAUUGUUUGAACUGAUAAAAGGCCUUAUAACAGAUUUGGAAGGAAUUUCCAUGGAUGAGCUUGAUGAAGAGGAUUUCAAUGAGGAACAGACUUCUGUGGCUUGCCUCAUGCACAUACUAUAUAAUGAUGACCCAGAAGAAAUGCUAAAGAUUAUACAUACGGUAUGGAAACACGUAAUGGCUGGAGGUCCAAAGCGCCUACCUUUCACAGUUCCCCCAAUCGUUUUUUCUGCACUCAAGUUGGUUAGGAGAUUGCAAGGCCAAGAUGGAGAUGUGACUGGAGAAGAAGUUCCAGCUACCCCAAAGAAAAUAUUUCAACUUCUGAAUCAGAUUAUUGAGGCUCUGUCAGCUGUUCCAUCACCUGAACUGGCAUUGAGGCUGUAUUUGCAAUGUGCAGAGGCCGCUAAUGACUGUGAUCUUGAACCAGUGGCUUAUGAGUUUUUCACACAAGCUUUCGUGCUAUAUGAGGAGGAAGUUGCAGAUUCUAAAGCCCAGGUGACAGCUAUACACCUAAUAAUCGGGACUCUGCAGAGAAUGAACAUCUUUGGGGUCGAGAAUAGAGAUACCUUGACUCAUAAAGCCACAGGGUACUCUGCCAAACUUCUAAAGAAGCCAGAUCAGUGCCGAGCAGUGUAUGCUUGCUCACAUCUUUUCUGGGUGGAUGAUCAAGAUGGCAUCAAAGAUGGAGAAAGGGUUCUACUUUGCCUAAAGCGUUCAUUAAGGAUUGCAAAUGCAGCUCAGCAGAUGGCAAACGUCACCCGGGGCAGCAGUGGUCCUGUCACACUCUUUGUCGAAAUACUCAACAAGUACCUUUAUUUUUUUGAGAAAGGAAAUCCUCAGGUAACUGCGUCAGCAAUCCAGGGUCUCAUAGAGUUGAUCAAAACUGAGAUGCAGAGUGACAAUGCAUCCACUAAUAUAACCUCGGACGCAUUCUUUACAAGCACUAUACGAUACAUUCAAUUCCAGAAACAAAAGGGUGGCGCCAUGGGUGAGAAAUACGAACCUAUUAAGUUAUGACAUGUUUUGCCGUGAUCGAUUUCACCCUUCUUUUUUAAUCGUGGGCUCGUGGAGAAUGAUUAGCCUUUGGACGGACUAACACCACGUUCCUUCUGAAUCUCCGGGAUACAGAAACUGCAGGAUUAGGCUGACCAAAAAACAAAAAACCAAUGACACCCUUGGAAUCAUUGAAGUUUGCCUAUGUAUCCAUGACUCCCGAACGACAUCUCGUCUCUGCAAUUAAUAUUUAUUGUUCCUAAACCUCCAUGGGAUAAUUUAGCCUUCGAUUA